UAUAAUUUAAACUUUUAUGAAAAGCUUGCUUGACCAAAUAGAAGAUAAUGCAGUGAGAGAUUUUUACCUAAACAAAAAGCUGCCAGUGAGGAAAAAGCCCAGAAUUAUACGCAAAAAGAAGAGAAAGUGGGUAAGCUAUCUUGAUUAUGUCAAACAAAUUGAGGAAAAGGAAAAAGAUAUCAUUUCAACAGUGUAUAAGCGAUAUUUCAGACACUUUUCAAGAAUUAAGACUCCUCCUGUUAAUGCCAAAGUGAGAAGGAAACUUAGCUCUACAAGAUCUAUUAGGUCACCUGUUUGUGCUAGGGAGAGAAAUAAUCAGAGCUCUGUGAUUGAUUCUCCUGAUGGAAUGAUGCAUUAUGACAUUCCAACAACACCAUUCAUAGCUCAAAAUUUCCGGAAUUAUACAGGGAAGAUUGAAAACUUUCAAUUGUCCCCAGGGUUGAGAUGGACUCAAAAUCUUAGGAUAUCAAAAUUCCCCAAAUCAAAAGUCCCUAUAGAAUUAGAAAGCUUGUAUAAAUCCCCUUCAAAACAGUCUAAAAAGCUUGGAAGGGCUGUCUAA